CGUGUUUUAACACCCAGGUAAACCACACCUGAUGGUUAAUCGCCAUGAUUGGCUCCUUCCACUUGUGGGCGUAGUUCUCCGGUAAUUAGCCAAUGACGAGCCUCACCUGCCGUGAAUCCGUUCAGAGCUCUUUCAGAGUUUCAGUCAUAUCUGAGGUUAUUGUUUUGCGCGCAGGAUGCCUCGGAAGCCGCCGGUUUACUCGGAUUUCUUCUACAAUCCUCUGACAGAAGAUGUGGAGCAACUUCUGGCUCGUUUCCAGCACACUGACUCAGUCAGGUACGAGUUGUUCUCAGCCAUUUGGAGGGAGAUGAGCUUCUCAGAUGUUUUCAGAGGCAUCUCCAGUGUGGCUGAGCUGAAGAGAUUCUGUAGAGUAGCGCUGGCCACAGCCGUCAAGUACUUCCUGCCUCCAUACAGCUACCAGGUUCGGGUGGGAGGCUUGUAUUUGAUGUUUGGUUUGUACCACACACAACUUGCCAUUCCACCAGUGAAGAUCAGACUCGCUCUGAGGGACUGGACUCCAAUCCAGAAGUUUAUCAAGGACUCAUUGAAGUAUGGGCAUCAAGAUGUUGUUUACAUAUACGAAAAGCUUGUUGCAACCAAAGCCAUACACUACACAGCCAUGCCGCAUUUUCUCAUCUUCCAAAAGCAGAUGAAGCCAAAGAGGGAUGCCGUGUGUACAGAGUUUAUUGGGAGGAGCACAGCAGUCCAGGAUCUCAUCUCUGCAGACAUCCUGGAGGAGCUUUCCAACAUCCAGAACCACUACGAGCAGCUCAAGGAGGCCACGACGGAGGCCAGCUGCCAGGCCACCAUGACCCAUCGGACAUUUUCCGCCCAACUGAAAGACUGCAUGUCAGAGUUCAUCACUUGGCAGCAGAAGACUUUCUCACAGGAGAACAAAGGCAAGAAGUCUGUUGAUGAUUGUGAUGAGGAUGGGGAUGAGGAUGAGGAUGAGAUGGAGAAGCACGCUGAGGCUGAGAGCAGCAGCAGCAGGGCCAGGCUCCUGUCCUCCAUCAAGCAGAAGAGCUACAGCAACUUCCAGGAGGCGCCCAAGUCCAGGAGGCAUCGAAAGGCCAAGACAGUGGAGUCUUACAGCUCCGGGGCAGAACAGGUCCAGGAAACUGGGGUUGGGCAGCGAAAGAGGCCUCCCUCACUGCGGGCUCGGACCCAGAAGAGUCUCGGGGUGACUCGGGAUGACAGCAAGCUCCAGGCCUGGCUCCUGAGUGCUCCUAAGAAACAGGAGAAGAUGCUGAUGAAGAGGACCAACCAGGCAGCACCUUUCAAAUAUGAUGGGUAGGGAGGACGGAUGGCUUUCAGAUACACAAAGAAGUUCUGGCCUUUGUUUUUUCAUCCAGUUAAAAUACCUUUUGGAUUUGAUAAACAGUUUGAUUUUAGUUGAUUUUUCCUCAUUAUGCAUCUGUUGUUUAAAUGGAAUUCUUUAAUUUGUUAAUAAAUGUAUUUCAUGAUUGCCUCA